AUGGGCUGUGCCACUGGCCACUUGGCUCACCAAUCUAACCCGCCAACCACCUUAGGAAAUGAGACUCACUCCAUGGAGGCUGCGAAAGUCCCAGAGGUACUUUCAUCCCUGGAGCGUCUAUCUCAAGCCACCGGAGGAAUGGAGAAAUCUUGGUACCGCUGCAUCUUUCCCUUUGGAAUUAUCUCCAUGGUGAUUGGUGCAGCUGGAACAGGAAGGUCAGAGUGUGUAAGAUGCUAUGCAGAGCUGCUGCUGGAGCAAAUGCUCACGUCACAAGGGACGUCAGUCACAGCAUUCCUACUGCUGGAACAGGUGACCCUCUAA